AUGCCGACGAGCGAAAUCCCAAUUCCUCAACCAAGUCUACUUGGAAAGGUAGCACUAGUAAGCGGCUCUUCAUCUGGCCUUGGCGCUGCCAUUGCAGAAGAGUUCUCGAGCCGCGGCGCCCAUGUUAUCAUUCACUAUGCCUUUCCUUCCGAGCAGGCAGCGGCACGCAGUGUCCAGAAAAAGCUCCGGAGCCACUCUCGAUCAAUUCUAGUGGAAGCAGACCUCUCCACCUUUGAAGGCCCCAAAGCCCUCGCAGCCGCUGCGUCUGCUGAAUUUGGGAAAGUUGAUUUUCUCGUAAACAACGCUGGUGUCAGCGGGCCUGAUCGGCUGUCUGAAGCAUCUGACCUUGACGUCCUACGAGUUUGGGACCAGGUGGUGAAUGUGAACGGUCGAGGAACGCUGCUCCUCACCCGCGCCAUCCUUCCCAUCUUGACUUCAAAUGGUUCCCGCAUUGUCAACAUUGGAAGCGCCACUUCCCGGGACCCUGAUCCGGACCUGACCAUCUACGCUGGGACAAAGGGCAUGAUUGAGGCGUUCACUCGAUGCUGGGCUCGACAUUUCCCCCGAAAAUACGGCUGCACAGUGAACACAGUCGCGCCUGGACCGGUGGCGACGGAAAGGAUGCGUUCGCUUCCUGAGGAAUUUCUGAGCGUGGUGCGCACGAGGUGCGAAAAUAUUCCAGUGGCGGCGAGAAUGGGUGAACCAUCAGAGGUUGCAUGGAUAGUCGUCACCCUCUGCGAGAAGCAGGCGGGAUGGUUGAACGGGUUAUACAUUCCGGUCAGCGGAGGCGGAUUGCUUACUUGA